AUGUCUUCCUCCACGACCAAGCUGGGAGCGCCGGCCUCGAGCGCCAUCGACUACAGCGCCUCGGCUCGGUCCCUCUCGGAGCCCAAGUCGACGCUGCGCACCCUCUACCCCGACGUGGAGCCGUACGAAUCGGGCCACUGCCAGGUCGACUCGCGCCACUCGCUCUACUACGAGUGGAGCGGCAACCCAAACGGCCAGCCCGCCGUCUUCCUCCACGGCGGGCCCGGCGGCGGCAUCUCAAAGGACGACCGGCGCUGGUUUGACCCGGCCCACUACCGCAUCCUCACCUUUGACCAGCGCGGCGCCGGCCGCUCCACGCCCCACGCCGACCUGGUCGACAACACCACCUGGCACCUCGUCGCCGACAUUGAGCGGCUGCGCACCAAGUUUGGCGUCGACAAGUGGCUCGUCUUUGGCGGCAGCUGGGGAUCGACGCUCGCCCUCGCCUACGCCCAGAAGCACCCGCAGCCCGUCUCGGCCCUCGUCCUCCGCGGCAUCUUUACGCUGCGCCGCUCCGAACUCCUCUUCUUCUACCAGGAGGGCGCCUCGCACGUCUUUCCCGAGCAGUGGGAGCCCUACCGCGACGGCGUCCCCGAGGGCGAGCGCGACGACUUUAUCGCGGCCUACCACAAGCGCCUCACGUCCGAGUCGGCCGACGUGCGCCUCGACGCGGCGCGCCGGUGGUCGACGUGGGAAAACGCCACGUGCAAGCUCUACGUCGACGCCGAGUCGCUCCGGCGCGGCGAAGAGGACAAGUGGGCCCUGGCGUUUGCGCGCAUCGAGAACCACUUUUUCCAACACCACGGCUGGAUGGACGACGGCCAGCUCCUCGAGAGGGAAAACGUCGACCGCAUCCGACACAUCCCCGCCGUCAUUGUUCAGGGCAGGUACGACAUGGUCUGCCCCGCCACCACCGCCUGGUCCCUCCACCGCGCCUGGCCCGAGGCCGAGUUCCACAUGAUCCCCGACGCCGGGCACUCGGCAAAGGAACCUGGCAUCACCGAUAAGCUCAUCCAGGCCACGGACAAGUUCCGUCAGGUGGCGUGA